AUGCGGCCUUUAUACAGCGCCUGGUCGUGGUUAUUCUGCGUGUCUGACCCUAAUGACCCUAAGCUUCGCGGAUGGCUGCACCCGGCCCUCGCUCUGGGGUUCAACCUAGGGCUGUCCUUUGUGCUAGCCUCUGCUGCCUUCCUAGCUGCUCCAACUCAGUUUCAUGAGGAGUGGUUGCAGCACCAGUCACCACAAUUUCUCAGCUUCAUACAUGGGUUGGCCUCCGUGGCAAGCUUUGUGGGCCUUCAGCCUGCACUGCUUUUGCCAUGGGCAAGAAGCACACUAGGGAGGGUGUUGCUGCCUGAAGAAUUGCUGCUAGAUAAAAAGCAGGCUUUCUCUUUAUACUCCUGGGAAAAGGGCACCCUGCAGCCCCAGGCGUAUGCACUGUUUCUCCUAUUGUACGCGGUCCUAAUGGUCACCUGCCGGCUGUACGAGAAGGGACCUAUGAUGCUUUACGAUGCAGCUUGGGCGUGCAACACAUCGAUGAUUGUAACUGCUGCAGCGAUUUGGCUUAACAUCCCCUUCCUGGUUAGCGCUUGUUCAUGCUGGGUCGCUAUAGAUCAGCUCUUAUGGUACGUAGACAUGCUGUACUUGUUGAUCCGUGGGCGCUUCCUCAUCGGUGUUGCCAAGUAUCUUACAAAUAGGGACACCGUGAGACAAUUAGAGGCCAGCUCGGCAGCUCUUACCCUAGCUCUCCAGGCAAAACAAGAAAAGGGCAGCAUGGACGUGCUGAACGUAAACGUGUCUUGGCGGUGCUGGGCAGACGUGGCCCAUCACAUACCGUUUCUUGGCAUAUGCGACAACAAACCAUGGUACCUGUUUCUCCUUUGGAAUCAGCUAAUUUGGGGCAUGGGAAACUGCUUUUUGUUCGGGGUCUUCCUUACCGCCUCCAAUCUUUUAAGGAGAGAGCAUUCGUGA